AUGAUUAAAGAAAGCAAAGAAUCGUACAUGUGGAAAUCUACAGACUGGAAUGUCACUGUGGAAAUGCACAAAGAAGCGCAGAAGCUUGCAGAAGGAUUCAACCGUUUUUCUAAGACCAAUUUCCCUUUGAAAUUCACCGAUGUUGACGUUGUAAUAAUAACAGAAACUAACACCCCCGACUCCACUCCUAAGCUGAAUGAGUACUGUGUUGUUGAGGACUACAUACCAGGACAGUUCAACAAGUGGUGUAACAAUUACGGUUUCAUUUCAGCUGAAGCCAAGAGCUCCAACUCCAGUAUGCCUGCCUUCAUGCACUGGAGUUGGUGUCACUCAAAUGGAGAGAAAAUGAUCUCAGACCUGCAAGGUGUUCGCAGUGAUGACCCACAAUCUUACACCCUUACAGAUCCUGCUAUGCUCUCCCUAACUAACAGCUAUGGAGUCACUGAUAUGGGAGUUGAAGGAAUGGCGAUGUUUUUCCUGCAUCACGAGUGCAGCUCAUUUUGUGAGAGAUUGUCUAAACCCAAAAAAAGCGAUUUCCUUGGAGUUAUUCCAGACAGGCAGCUCUCAGCUACUAUGCAGCAGUUAAAGAAUCUUGGAGAUGCAACGACGUACACUCACGAGCUCAAGUUCCCCCCUGGAGUGAGGGAAGGCAUCACAACCGUGUUCAGGAGAGUGGCACGUGGUGGAUACGUAUACUGACUGGAUCGCUACAUGGCAUGCAUUUUUAAUAGACAUUAUAUUUAUGCAGGGGUACAUGCAUUCGUUGAUCAGUAUAUAAUUGAUGUGCCCCCCUCCAUUUAAAUUAUUCACAUUAAUUCUUAUACCUUUGUUCACCAAACACUGUUUUUGAAUGCUCUAUAAUUAUGACAUGAUAUUUUAUAAACAUUGAAAAUG